CAUGCGGAGAAAAUGAGGAGGCAGAAGCUGUAUUCAAAUAUGAUCCGUGAGCAGAACAAAACCACGAUUAGGAGUCCCUGUCUACCAGCCAAGGACCUGGAAGCCAACAAGAAAGUUGCCAGAUUAAAGGCUUUGGAGUACGCUAAAACCAUCGCCAAACCGCUUGCCCCGGUCCAGUCAAAAAAGAAAGACAAACAAAAGGUGAAUCUCACCGAGCAUGCGCCGUAUGUGGAGGGACUGGACCUGUCCCAGCUGACCACUCUGGAACUGCUCAGGAAAAGGCAUGAACAAGAGAAACAGGCAGUGGAAAUGUUACGCAUUCAGCAUAAGUGCAGUGUGACAAAAAAAAGCUGAAUCCUGCAACAUGUGUUUGCUGUAGUAAAUAAACAAAUAUUUCACACAGAUCAGUGGCUAAAUAUUCACAAACAAGU